ACUAUUUAUCAUCCAUUUCUAAAUACUUGGGAGUUCAUACUAUACUCUAUUACCAACCAAAUACAGAGGAGAGAGAAAAUUCUGCAAAUUGUGAGAUGUUGAAUUAUGAAAACAUGAAGGGUGAUUUUUGGGGAGGAGCUGCUGAUGGUCCUCUCUAAACUCCCCAGCUUUUCCUGCUUUCUUUCUUCCUCUUUUGCCCAGAAGAUUAUUUUUAAGGAAAAAGUGAGGGAAAUUUAUGAGCAAACAGACAAAUCAUCAUCUGGGUUUCAAUAAUUUAUUCAGCCUUUUCUGUUAAGAAAUUUCUGGGAUUUUUUUAGCAUCAAUUUGUCACUUUUUUUUUGGGAUUUUUUCAUGAAAGUUAAAACAGGUAAAAAGGAAUUUCUGAACUGGUUGCUGUGGCUGUUUUGUUAAGGGCUAAAGUGUUAAAUGCUCAGUGUCAGCAAAUUAUUCUACAGGGAAAAAUCGCAGUAGUUAUUCAGGUGUCUUAUCAGUCGAGGCAAGUGGCAGUGAGCGGAUCUUCUCUAACAGUGCAGAUUCUGCGGAUGUAUUGACUGCCUUUGGGGGCAAAUCUCCUUUGGCAAUAUAGUUCUGGUUGAAAACUAGAACAUCAGUAUCUAAGUUCAUCAGCUACAUAGCUAGCUCUCCCGGAUAAAUCUCCUUUGGCAAUAUAAUCUGUGCUUCGAAAAGCAUAGAUUUAAACAAAAAUAAACUUAGCUCAUUAGGGCAAAUCUCCUUUGGCAAAAUACAAUUCAGUUAACUUUUUGCAGUGCAAUAUCUGUAAGAGAGGUCUUCAUCUGCUGACUUAGUGGUUACCACUCCUAUCUGUUUUCCUGUCUUCUAUCCCAGCUAUAGGGCAUAUUUCUUUCGACAUUUUUGUUCCUUCUCCUUAUUCGUUAGAGAAUAUAGUGUUGAAAAUAUCGUACUCAUAGUUUUCUCUUUGUUGUUGAGUAGACUUAUCCUUCCUCCCAAAAAAAAAAAAAAAAAAAUCAUUCCUUAGGCAAAUCUCCUUUGGAAAAGUUCAGUCCAUUUUAUUGAGCAAAUCUCCUCUGGCAACAUUAAGUCCAAUUUGUUGGGCAAAUCUCCUUUGGCAACUUUAGUCCCUUUUGUUGGGAAAAUCUCCUUUGGCUGUAGGAGUCGUAAAUCGACUCUUAUUAUCCUUGGGGGCAAAUCUCCUUUGGCAUACUAUCUCCGGUCGGAGAUACCUAUCUCUUGCUCUCCACAAAGGAAGCAAAUUUACUAGAACGUACUAUCAUCCGGUCACUUUGAGAAAUACAUUAUUUUUGCAGCACCAAUUGACUGAACAUUUUGCUCAAGAAGAUCAGCCCCUACUAAAUCUAGAGUUAAGUAUCUCAGUCGUAUCUUCUAUAGCUUAUGUGAAAAUUGGAAACUUCAUAUGAGAUUGUGGUGUUUGCAAUAAUAUUCACCUUUUGACCUGAAUUUAUAUCCCUCUAUUUCUUUGAAAGGUUGCAGUGAGAAACCUGUCAUCUAAUGUUUCCAGCUCAUAUAUUAAUGUGUUAUGAUUUUAUAUGGUGCUCAUACAGCAACAAGGAUCAUGGCAAUGGAACUGUUUGGUGAUUCUGAUGUUGAGAGUUUCAGUGAGACCAGCAGUGAUGAUCAAGAUGAUAUAUUUUCCAUCUACAGCGGACACGCUCAGAGUAUCUUGUCCAAUCUUGAAGACAGCAUUGAGAAAAUAGAUAAUUUCCUCUCAUUUGAGAGAGGGUUCACGCAUGGGGAUAUUGUGCGCUCCACAGGAAAUCCAUCUGGACAAAUGGGUAAAAUAGUGAAUAUCAAAAUGUUUGUUGAUUUGGAAAAUGUUUUUGGUGAAGUCAUAAAAGAUGUCAUUUCCGAAAAACUGUCAAGGAUGCGGUCCAUUUUGGUUGGGGAUUAUGUGAUUCAUGGUCCAUGGCUUGGAAGAGUGGAGAGAGUGGUUGACAAUGUUGGUAUUGUGUUUGAUGAUGGAACUAAGUGUGAAAUCAUGGCAACUGACCAAGCACAGUUGUUGCCGCUUUCUCCCAAUUUACACGAUGAUUCACUCUAUCCCUAUCACCCUGGACAGAGAGUAAGUUUUAGUCACCCUACUGGGUCAAAAUCUACUGGAUGGUUAUGUGGGAGGUCCAAAAAGAAUCAACACGAGGGGACUGUUUUUUCUGUUGAAGUUGGACUUGCAUACAUUGACUGGAUUUCCUCUGCUAUGGUUGGUGUUUGCAUGACUUUACCUCCUCCAACCCGUUUGCAAUAUCCCAAAAAUUUGACCAUGUUAUCGUACAUCUCACAUGCUAACUGGCAACUUGGUGACUGGUGUGUCCUUCCAUCAGAAACUGGAUUGCAGAAAAGUGACUCGUAUUCACAUUUUGAAGAGAUUUUUUCAAUUGUAAAGAAUAAAAUCAAAGUAGAUGUCAUGUGGCAAGAUGGUAGUUGCUCACUGGGGUUGGAUUCACAAACUCUCUUCCCUGUAUGUGUUCUAAAUGCUCAUGAUUUUUUUCCUGAACAAUUUGUUUUGGAGAAGACUAGUUCUGAUGAUCUAGUUGCACCAGUAAGUCAAAGAUGGGGGGUUGUUAAAUGUGUGGAUGCAAAUGAGAGGACUGUCAAGGUGAAAUGGGAAACCACUGGCAGUGUUCCUAAAGAUGUCAAUGAAUGGAAAAUGGAAGAGACUGUGAGCGCUUAUGAAUUGGUUGAGCACCCUGAUUUCUCCUUUAACCUUGGUGACAUUGUGUUCCUGUCAGAAAAGAAUGCUGAUCAUUUGAACAAGAUGAGCAGGGAAAAUUGGACUACAUUGGGAAGUGACAACCGUAAUGUUGAAUUGAGUGAAACCCAGAGGAAACAUUUCCUAUCCUUUAUCGGCUGUGUUGUUGGCUUCGACAAUGGAUAUAUUAAGGUUGAAUGGGCUAGUGGAGUCACAGAAAAGGUUGCUCCUUAUAAGAUACUUCGCAUGGAAAAGGAUGAUGGAUCAGUUGCAACUCAUAAUUUUCCAGAAGGAAAUGUUGCUGAAUUCAGUGAUGAGAUGGCUGACUAUGAGAAACAAUCUGUGAACAAUCAGGAUUCAUCAGAAAACUCUGGUAUUGAUGCUGUAAAUUGUCAAACCGACCAUAGGAGUUCCCGCUUCUUCAGCCUUUCUCAAGCUGCAAUGGGGCUCUUUACUAGUAUUGCUGAAAAUUUCUUCAGACCACAUGGUUUAACAUCCCUACCACAACACCUGUCAUGUUCCCAUGCAAUCGGUGAAAGUAAUAUUGGAAGUUUUGAGGAGGAAGACAUCAUCGAGUCUUGUGACAUUGACCCAGAUAACCACACCAUGGAGUUCAGUGACUUUGAUGCUUAUGGGAGCAUAGAUCUGAUACAGAAAGUUGAAAAGAACUCAGAGAAUAUGGAACUACUGUCUGUAGCUAAAUCUAAAAGUGUAAGGCAGUUUAAACAGUUCGACAUUGUAGGUGAUUGCUCUGGCCAUCACUUUGCUGAUGCAGAUGGCAAGGGAGCAGCAUCUCAGAAGAAAAAAGGUUGGCUGAAGAAGAUUCAGCAGGAAUGGAGCACUCUAGAGAAAGACCUUCCAGAAACAAUCUAUGUUCGGAUUUAUGAGGAAAGAAUGGAUUUGAUUCGUGCAGCCAUUGUUGGUGCUCCUGGAACUCCCUACCAUGAUGGCCUUUUCUUCUUUGAUAUAUUGCUUCCUGCUGAUUAUCCUCUAGUACCUCCUAUGGUGCAUUACCACUCUGGUGGUUUGCGUCUCAAUCCAAACCUUUACGAAUCAGGAAAGGUGUGUCUCAGCCUCCUCAACACAUGGACUGGCACAGGAUCUGAAGUGUGGAAUCCAGGAAGCUCGACUAUUCUUCAAGUUCUUCUCUCUCUUCAAGCCCUUGUGCUAAAUGCAAAGCCUUAUUUUAAUGAGGCAGGGUAUGACGAACAGAUAGGAAGAAUAGAGGGAGAGAAGAACUCUGUCAGCUACAAUGAAAAUGCAUAUUUGGGUACAUGCAAAUCUAUGUUAUACCACUUACGAAGGCCACCCAAGCAUUUUGAAGAACUGGUCGAGGAGCACUUUGAAAGACGUUCUCAGCAUAUUCUAUCAGCUUGCAAGUCUUAUAUGAAGGGGGCACCUAUUGGCUUCUGUACCAAAGUUGAAAAUGAAAAGGGUAAUUCAAUGGGCUUCAAGAUUAUGCUAGCUAAACUCUUCCCCAAGCUUGUGCAAGCCUUUUCUGACAAAGGAAUCGAUUGCAACCAGUUUAUCGAGCCAGAGAAAUAAAGAGCCAGUGAUAAUAGAUCACUGUGUUGGCCACUGGCACUAUCUCACGGUGUUAAAGUCAUCGUGUGUACAAUGUGUAAAAUAGAAAUGUAUUUUUUUUGUUCGCGUUCCACGGGAUUUGAUUGGAAGUUGGUGUAAAAUAGGUGAAUGAAAUGAAAAGAUUGUAGAGUGUAUUUGUGAAGUUUACUUCUGUCUGUGUACUUGCCAAAUGUAUGAUAUGUUGUGAAAGCAUCAAUAAUGUUUUUGUUUGAUCUAAUUGUAAUUUACGAUUUGAAGUGUGAAAUGUAAGAAUAUUAGUGUAUGCUUUACAUUA